AUGCAGUAUUAUUCUAAUUCUUCCUCAUAUUCAUCUCAAAGUGAAGACGAGUCUCAUCCUGAGGCAUCUCCUACCCAACUACUUUCUAUUGCUAUCAAAAAACGCCGUGCUCUCUUCGGCAGAAAGGAUAGGAACUAUCAUCAAGAACUGCUGCAAACUGGAUUUAUUCAAUCACUCUGUAAGCAUUUGGGCGAACGUAGGGCUCGCCGUAAAAAACGCGGUUGUAGUUCCUCCAAACUUGUUUUUGAUAACGAAAAUUCGGGUUGUACUGAAUCACAAAAGGUUCCUGAAACUCUUGUUGAACCAGUCCUUCAGACUCCUGAACCUCCAAUCAAACGUAAGCUGCUGAGCUCCGACAAUGAUCCAUUUGGUUUGGACCGCUUCUUUUCUGAUUUGCUUGAGAAAAAGCCUGAACAGAACGAAAGAAGAGAAGUGUCUAUGGGUUAG